AUGUCAAGUCACAUACUGGACAACUUUCAAAGGGGACUUCAGAUCACAACCAUCGUCGCCCCUCUCCUUUUUUACACCACUGCAGCAAUUGUUCAAUCCUUCCUCUCCACUGCCGAGACAAAACAUGAGAGGCUGAAUCUGUGGAGAUUCCAAAUAUGCAUCAGCAGUCUCAUCGUCGUCAUCACCACCGUAGAAGCCUUUGUGGUUGCCCUGAAGUCAGACCCCUAUUCCACUGCUGACCCACAACUUGUCUACCAGCUCUUCUUAAACCUUAUCUGGACAAUACUCUUUCUUGGUGUGAUCGGCUGUUGGGGGGCUACAGGGUAUCCGCAUUAUGGUUCAUGGUCUAUCCUGUUCGUCUUAUCAAACGGAGUGAUGGUGAUUCGAAAGAUUGAGAACGAAGCCAACCUAUUCCCGCUUCUUUUCAUUUUUCAACUCUGUCGGUUGGUGCUCAACUUCAGCCUAAUUGGAGUGGGCUCCAUCUGCCUCUUCGUCCGCAAACCGCAGGACGACGGCAUGGCAGAUGAAGCUCAGCCUUUGUUGAGUUCAGAGGAACCAUCUAAGACCAAGAAGGGGAAGGAGAAGGAUCAAGAGGAGCUUGACCGAGAAAAUAUCAGAAGAAGACCGUUCUGGGAGUAUCUCGCCUCCUUCAAGGUUUUCAUACCCUUUAUGUAUCCAAGUUCCAGGGAACAGCAAAUUUAUGUGACAGGCAUGUCAAUAUGCACUCUGCUUGGUCGGCUGAUUGCAUUUUCCUUACCACUCUGCCUCGGUAGAGUGAUCGACUGCCUCAACAGCUCGGAAAUGCCGUGGAGAGCUAUCAUAUUGUAUGGAUCACUGAAACUGGCAAGUUCGGCCGCUGGAAUCCCCAUGCUUAAUGACUGGUUGCACAUCAAAGUGAGUACGGAUAUGACCACAAACCUGAAUCGAUAUUCUUACAACUAUAUCAUGAGUCUAUCGGCAGAGUUUCAUGACUCUCAGAAGACCUCCAUCAUGUGGAGCUCCAUGCAGAACGGGCAACAAGUAAUCAGCCUAUUCCAUGACACCAUAUUCGGCGUCCUUCCCACACUCGUUGAUCUUGUCGCCGCGGCUUCAAUUUUGACCUUUUUAUUUGGCCCAUAUAUGCUCUACACAAUUGGGAUCACGGUUGUAAUGUUCUAUUGGCUAAUGUUUCAAACAUUGAAACAAAAGACCACUCUUCGUCGAUUAUGGAUAGAUGCAUUUCAUGACGAGUACUAUCAAAUGACCGAGUCAUCGACAAACUGGACUACUGUGAGCCAGUUUGGCCAAAUACCACACGAAAUUGGAAAGUACCGUGAUAAAAGCAGUAUUACUCAAGCUGCGCUCAUGACAUACUGGUUUUGUGAUUUAAUGGCUCGAGCGGCUCGUCAGCUCGUCCCCACUAUCAGUUUUGUAGCAGCAUGCGGUAUCGCAGCCAUACAAAUCAUCCACCAGCAGCACAAAAUCGGCGAUUUUGUGGUUUUGGUCACCUACUGGGGUCAGCUCACGGGACCUUUGGGUUCGCUGGCGCAUGAAUUUACGACAAUGGGGCAGAAACUAGUCCAAGCAGAGAAGCUACUUGUGCUGCUAGAAAAAAAGCCUGCCACAUGUGAUAAAGAAGAUGCUUCAACCUUUGAUUUCACCCAAGGUGCUGUUGAGUUCAGAGAUGUCACAUUCUCAUAUGACGGCAAGCGGAAAGUCUGCAACGGGAUCAGCUUCCAAGCCAGUCCGGGAAAAACCAUUGCAUUAGUAGGCCCCAGUGGCGGCGGAAAAAGCACGAUUUUGAAACUACUCUACCGAUUCUACGACCUCGAGGAGGGCCGAAUCCUCAUUGAUGGGCAGGAUAUUCAAAAAGUCAAAAUGGAGACAUUCCGCAAGCACAUUGCCACCGUCCCACAAAACCCAGCUCUUUUUAACAUGACGGUUAUGGAGAACGUCAAAUAUCCCGAUCUUGAAUGUUCUGAUGAAGAGGCAAUCGAAGCAUGCAAAGCAGCUGCUCUCCAUGACAAGAUCAUGACAUUCACAAAUGGAUAUGACGAGAAGGUCGGUGAACGUGGUACCAAGUUAUCUGGUGGAGAAUUGCAGCGACUUGCCAUUGCCAGAGCGAUCCUCAAGAAAUCCAAUAUCUUGCUGCUAGACGAGGCAACCAGCAAUGUCGACAGCAUCACAGAGUCACAGAUUCAAGGAGCCUUAGCGAAGCUUUGUGCCGGUAAGACCGCAUUUGUGAUUGCACAUCGCUUAUCCACAAUCCUCCAAGCCGACCAGAUCCUUGUAAUUGAAGAUGGUAGAAUAACCGAAUCUGGGGCUCACUCAAAGCUCAUCAUCAACAAAGGACCAUAUCAUAACUUGUGGUGCAGUCAACUGAAACUUCAAGAACGCACCAAGAGUUCCAUGCCGCUGUCCGCAGUUAUAGACAACGAUGUCUCUGAUUUGAUCUUGGACGAUACAAAUCUCUCGACCGAUAGUACCCCAAUCAUGACCCAAACAACGGUCAGCCCUGAUAGCAACUCCACCCACGAAGACAAAGAAGAGGACACAGGGAGUGAGAUCUCUGGCAAUCAAUCGUGA